GGGGGUAGCGAGGGGAUCUCGGGGUGGGGGGACGGGGACGGGGACGCUGAGGGACCCACCCGGGCCCGCAGGGUGGGAGGCGAGGGCUGCCUGUUCCGAAGGGCUCAGCCGGCGGGCCGCCCUGCGGAGCCACCUCGUCCCGGGCGAGCUGUUCGGGGUGGGCCCUGGCGAAGGCUUGUGGUGGGUUAGUGGGGCCUUCCCGGGUGUCCGCGGGUCGCCUGAGGGAUUCGCCGCUGGGCGGCGGCCUGGCUGGAGCCGUGUAGCCGUAGGGAGAGCAGCGGUGCUGUGGUGCUGGUACCGGAGGGCAGGCGCGGUUGCCCGAUGUUGGUAUUGUAGCAGAUAAGAUUAAUUUAAUACCUCAAGACUUUUUUGCAGAACUGUGUGAACAAAUAAUUCAACAUCUGAACCAUAAGAUCCCAGGUGUAAAUACAGCUGAACUGUGUCAGAGAAUUCAAACAUCUGGGGUUGAGAUUAAUGUUGGUGACCUGGCAAAAAUAGCUACCAUUAUUUCCCUUCUUUUUAGCACAGCAGCCAGAAACAACCUCUCUACGGAAGAACUUGUCACCACCUUGGGCAAUGCAGUCAGCGCGCUGCCAAAACAUGCGGUGCAAGUUAUUCGUCACGUAUGGAAUGAGCAGGGUAAAUCCAUUAGUGUGUCAGAAGAUGCAAGAAAUAUGGCCACAGUGGGGCAGUUUGUAGAUAUUAAAUGGAAACUGGGAGUUGCGAUGAGCUCUGACACCUGCAGGUCUCUGAAGUAUCCUUAUGUCACAGUGACGCUAAAAGUGGCAGACCCUUCAGGACAAAUAACAGACAGAUCUUUUGAAAUGACAAUCCCACAGUUCAAGAACUUCUUCAGACAGUUCAAGGAAAUGGCAGCUGUUCUUGAAACAGUUUGAAGAGAACUUUUUAUUUACACUGAAAUUUUGGACAGACUUAGGUCAAGUAAACUUUCCGUUCUGCACAGGGAAUAAAGUGCCAUUUUUCAGCAAGGUAUGUAUCCUUGUCUUUGACAGGUAUUUGUCAGCAUCAUCCUUGCAUUGCUGUGAAGAUUUCUUUGCUUUCUGAAUGCUUGAAGCCAACUCUGCAGUGUUUGGAAAAUGAGUCCAGCUUUGUUCAUUCUGAUAGAGAAAAAAAUCAUGAUGUGUACAGAGAAGCAUCACUGUAGACUUUCUAAUAUUAAUGAGUAAGAAACUACAUGUUUAACUCUGGAGUGCAGAAAGAUACCUGGAAAUCUUCACUGAGAAGAUACUGAGAGAAAUAUAAAUCCCAUGUUAACACUUUUGUCUGUAAAACUGAGGUGUGCAUUGACUCAAGGGCAAUAUUAAGGAGUAUAUGAAGUUACACAUAAGAAGCAUAGCAUUAUUCUUGAAGAACAGCAAUGUCAAGUAGUUGUAGGUAUUUGCAGACCUCGCUUCCAGUCUUCUUUUAAUAACUGGAGAAUGUACUUGCCCAAACAGCUUCUUUAUUUCAAAUACUUAUUUCUCUCCACCUAGGCUUAUGAAAACUGAGUUAAUGCAUUAAGCUUUUCUGCAGAUCCAAAAUUUCUUCUUUGAAAUAAAGCCCAGAAACUAAUUUAAAAUGAAGGGAAAAAGGUGAAUUUAAUUCAAAACCAUUUAAUAUAUUUUUGCCUUUGCAUUUAAUCCAACUCUUAAUAUGUGGCAGUCUGCUUUCUAAUUAAAUUGGAAUAUUGAUGUAGCUGCCUCACUCCAAGCCCUGAACUAGAAAAGUCAAGAGGAAACUUGAAAAUUCAAGCUGGAGUGUUAGCCAAGCACAUCAAAAAAGGGACCACACUAAAAGUCAGCAAGAUUUUUUUUUUUGCUUUUUGUAUGGUGUUGCAGGAAUCCACUAGACUGUUGCAUAUGCUUAGUCUCAGGCAAUAUCCUAACCAGCAGAAAUUUUACUUUGAUUCUGAAGAAUGGGGGCACUGCCAAAGGGGGAGUGAUAAAUCCAGUGUGCUUGCAUGCCUUCUAUUUUUUUAGUAUCUUGAGUUUUCCAUAAACAAAAUACAAAUUGCAAAUACAGUGGGAUGUCAUAAAUACAAUACUGUUGCAUUUCAAGAUGUGCUGGUGAUGAAAUAGAGCAAGUAAAUCUGGAGAGAGAGAAUUCAAACUGCUAAGCAGACUGAAGUUUAUGCUGCAACUUUACGACUUCAGAAUGGUAGAGGCAAGAACCAGUUUUGCUGGGACAGAUCUUCAAGUGAUUUCAGGCUCCCUGAAGUGAGAACAUCUACCUUUUUAACCCACUUAAUUUUUUAUUAACUUCCGUAGAAGGUAGCAGAAAGUCAUGGGUACAGGUUAUGCUGUAUGCAUUAAAAUAAACUGCAGCACAUCAUGCAUGCUGCAUACUGCAACCCUUUUAAUAGAGAUAUACAUCCCACUAUUUGGGCAUUAUGCAUGGUGCAUAAAAAUAGUACUUUGGAGUUGCUUAGAAGCCCAAGUAAAACAGUGUUGGCUUUAACAAGAAAUAGUAAAAGUUUUGGGCUGUGGCCAUUGAGCUGGAUGAUACUUCAUUUGCGCUGCUGAAGUACAAGGUGUUUGUGGGCGGAGAGAGCAGAUUGCUCCUGUCUGGGACCCUCAGUGGAAUGUCACAAAACAGUCUUGGGAACAGGCUUCCUUUGCCUUUUCCCUGUUGUCUGCAAGGGCGUAGGGCUGAACACAGUGCAAAAUAUCCUCUCUCUGUGUAGAAAAGUGAUGUGUGAGCAGCUGAUUUUUUUUUUUAAUUUGCAGAAGCUGGAGUGUAAGGCUCCUAUAACUGGAAAAAAUUGUCAUGCUUUGGCCUAGCGAGUGAAUUGGUUUACAUCAAUGCAACAGCUACAGGAAAAUAAUACUUUUGUUUUUAAGUAAAGCUGGAGCCUUACAAAUACUUCCUGUUUGUUCUAGUGCACUUAAGUUCUUCAUAUCUGGAAAUAUUUGUGCCUUCAUUGGAACUGAAUAGAAAAGCAGAUUUAAUUAAUCAUGUCUUAACUUCUAGAAACAAUCAAUUUAGUAGAUGCUGGAAGGUAAUGAGUAAACUUUCAAUUACUAUUUUUGCUUAGUCCAUCACCAAGAGGAGAAAGUUGGCACCCUUUGAAAAGUCUAACAUGUUGUCAAGUCAAAAAUUUUAGAAAUAUUAAUGAAUAUUUUUUUACAUCUCUCAGAACUCCAGCAUGUUGUAACUCUGGCUGGAAGAUGCCUGGACACGUGUGCUAUACUAGUUUACUGUCUGAGAAUUUUCAGAGGUGUUUAUGGACAUCUAGGAGAUGUGAUUAAAAGUUGGCUAUGUACUCAAAUUUCUGAGAUGUGUCCUGAUCACUAUCAGUAAGAAUUCCUAUACUGAGUAAUGGAAGAAUUAAGUACUUUAUUAGAAAAAAAAAACACCAAACUAAUAGUUUGUAGGGUAGCACUAUUAACAUGUUUAAACAAGCUGUUGAAUUUUGUCUAUAUGUGCAGAAACCAGAUCACUUAAAGAGAAUCAGGAGUCAUUGUGUGUUCCUAUGUCUUCUUGAUUGAUAAGAAAUUGUAUAACUAUUUUUUAAGUCCACCACAGUCAUUAAACAUAUAGGUAACAAAGAUAAAAA